AUGAUCAAGACCGUAUCUCUGCACAAUGCAGAGUCGAAGGCUGUACUGGAAGAUGUACCACCAGACAGAGAUACACAAGGAGUUGUGGCAGUUUUGGCUGGAGUCGAUGCAUCGCUUAUAGCCAAAACUUGGAAAGCAGUUGGUUCGUGCAGUAGACGAUGCGGGGGCGGUCAACAGAGGUAUACGUCAUUAUCGAGUUGCGGCUGUCGAACGUCAACAAAAACUCUGUCGUGUAACACCAACCCGUGUCCAGUCAAUGGUGGCUGGUCAGCUUAUGGAGCCUGGACAGUCAGGACACCUUGUCCGAACACGUGCGGCGUUGGGACAGGAGUGGAAAUCAGGCGCCGGACCUGCACCAACCCAGCUCCACGGUAUAACGGGAGGUCGUGUGUUGGCAGCAGCUCCGAAACACGAACCAAGACUUGUUCACUCAGUCCGUGUCCCAUUAAUGGCGGCUGGUCUUCGUGGAGUACGUGGAUAGAAAACACAUCCUGUGGAGUGACUUGCGGAAGUGGAACCAGAACGGAAAUACGCCGCAGACAAUGCAACAACCCGGCGCCUCAAUAUGGCGGUCGUGGCUGCAGCACUGCGUCGUCAGAAACAAGAACUCUAACCUGCACCAAAAGCCCGUGUCCUAUCAACGGAGGCUUUUCAGACUGGGGAUCGUGGGAAGAAGACACUCCGUGUGGUGUUACUUGUGGAGAAGGAACUAGAACGGAAGUACGUCACAGACAAUGCACCAAUCCAAGACCUCAAUACGGCGGACGAGACUGCGGUGCUCAUUCGUCGGAGUCAAGAACUCUGACCUGCACAAAGGACCCAUGUCCCAUUAACGGAGGUUGGUCUGACUAUGGCUCGUGGGAAGACAACAUACCAUGUGGUGUUACGUGUGGAGAAGGAACAAGAACGGAAAUACGUCACAGGGAAUGCACUAAUCCAGCUCCUCAAUAUGGCGGAGAGGACUGUGGUACUGAUUCAUCAGAAAGCAGAACUCUGACGUGUACAAUGGACCCAUGUCCUAUUAACGGAGGUUGGUCUGACUAUGGCUCGUGGGAAGAAGACACUCCAUGCGGAGUUACUUGUGGUGAAGGAACUAGGACGGAAAUACGUCACAGAGAAUGCUCCAAUCCAGCUCCUCAAUAUGGCGGACAAGACUGCGGUACUGAUUCAUCAGAAACUAGAACUGUGACGUGUACAAUGGACCCAUGUCCCAUUAACGGAGGUUGGUCUGACUAUGGACCAUGGGAAGAGGACACUCCAUGUGGUGUCACGUGUGGAGAAGGAACUAGAACAGAAAUACGUCACAGAGAAUGCACCAAUCCAGCUCCUCAAUAUGGCGGAGAGGAAUGUGGUACUGAUUUAUCAGACAGCAGAACUCUAACGUGUACAAUGGACCCAUGUCCCAUUAAUGGAGGUUGGUCUGACUAUGGCCCGUGGGAAGAAGACACACCAUGUGGUGUUACGUGUGGAGAAGGAACUAGAACGGAAAUACGUCACAGACAAUGCACCAAUCCAGCUCCUCAAUAUGGCGGAGAGGACUGUGGUACCGAUUCAUCAGAAAGUAGAACACUGACGUGUACAAUGGACCCAUGUCCCAUUAAUGGAGGUUGGUCUGACUAUGGCUCGUGGGAAGAAGACACACCAUGUGGUGUUACAUGUGGAGAAGGAACUAGAACGGAAAUACGUCACAGACAAUGCACCAAUCCAGCUCCUCAAUAUGGCGGAGAGGACUGUGGUACCGAUUCAUCAGAAAGCAGAACACUGACGUGUACAAUGGACCCAUGUCCCAUUAAUGGAGGUUGGUCUGACUAUGGCUCGUGGGAAGAAGACACACCAUGUGGUGUUACAUGUGGAGAAGGAACUAGAACGGAAAUACGUCACAGACAAUGCACCAAUCCAGCUCCUCAAUAUGGCGGAGAGGACUGUGGUACCGAUUCAUCAGAAAGCAGAACACUGACGUGUACAAUGGACCCAUGUCCCAUAAACGGAGGCUGGUCUGACUGGGCAGGAUGGGCAGAAGACACACCGUGUGGUGUUACUUGUGGAGAAGGAACUAGAACGGAAAUACAUCAUAGAGAAUGCACCAACCCAGCUCCUCAAUAUGGUGGAGAAGACUGCGGUACUGAUUCCUCAGAAACGAGAACAGUGAGGUGUACGAUGGAUCCAUGCCCUAUUCAUGGUGGAUGGUCAGAUUUUGGAGAAUGGGAAGAGGACACCCCUUGUGACGUCACGUGCGGCAGUGGAACCAGAAGAGAAAUACGUCAAAGAGAAUGUACUGAUCCAGCUCCACAACAUGGUGGGGAUGAUUGUACUGAAGAAUCGUCAGAAAGUCGGACACUGGUUUGCGUCAAACAGCCAUGUCCUAUUCACGGUGGAUGGUCUGACUGGUCUGUCUGGACAGCACUACGAGGCUGGGUGAUCACGGGAGAUUAUGCAUCAAGGCAGGAAGCACGACAACGUGUCUGUAACAACCCAGCGCCUGCCAAUGGCGGCAACAACUGUGAGGGUGUUGCUGUGGACAAUCGGAACUUCACCUGCGCUGCAGAUCAAUGUACUGGAUUAUGUCAAAGGAAUGGACAACAGUUUGGGGAUGAUCUGUUUGUGAAGCGCUAUUUCGAAUGUCAUAAUGGGAAAGCUACAAAAAAGCUCUGCUCUGGCUACUGGAACAAGAAAGCACGUCGUUGCCAGAAGUUCUGCCGCAUGUUUGAGAUCGGCAUGAAGGGACAUCCGCGUGACUGCUGGCGCUUUGUCUACUGUCUGCCUGGAAUAGCACUCGAUAUGCCGUGCAACUCUCCCGGUCAGUACUGCACUUGUCCACCUCGUGGCUAGAUAAUGACCACUACUGAAGGACUCUUGUUUCCAAUUCAAUCAACUUGAUGUCUCAUAAAGACACUUUUUAGAUAAAUGUACCUCAUUUUGGUAGUUUGCUAUUCUACCUCAAAAAUAAAAUAUUUAAAUAUGAGGGUGUUUUUUUCUCUUUAGAUUGGCAUUUUUCUUUAUCACUGGAAGCUUUGGUUUCACCAGUCCACGCACAGUUAAAUAAAAGAAACAUCCAAAAGUAUGGACAAAACUAAAGUUUGUUUUUCUUUAAUGACAUCACUAGAGCACUUUAAUUAAUUAAUCAUCAGUUAUUGAAUGUCAAACAUGUAGUCUUUAGGGAAACCUGCUACAUUUUUCCAUUAGCAGCAACAGAUCUUUCAUACACACUAUUCCAGUCAGGAUAGUACAUACAACAGCAUUUGGUGUAUAAUCGUUGGAAUGGGAAAAACACAAUCAAAGAAUGGGUCCACCAAUGGCGACUGAUCCUCCAUGCCAUGCACUCAGGCGAGUACUCUACCAAUUAAGCUAGAUUCUGCCCAAAAACCAUUUACAGAAACAUCUGAAUCUUCACAGGAUAUAUUAAUCAGUGCUAUAGGUUGAGCACUCGUUAAGUUAAGCAUUCGACAAAACAAGUCCAGAUUUCGAGAUACAAGUCAAGUUCAGUAUUUUUAAACGAAAGAAAAAAAUGUGUCCUAAAUAUACCACCAUAUUAUUUAUUUUAUGGGCGUUUAUUUUAGAUUGUAUGAAAAGAAAGUUGAGGCCUUAGUACAUUUUAAAUUACUAGUGUUUAACAUAAUGAUAGUUGUUUUAACACUAUGGCCGAACGUUUAUUCAUUUCUAUGGUAACGGGAUUAAAUAAUAAUAACCAUUUUGCAUUAAGUUUACAUACGCAGUCCUCAGCUGUUACGGCCUUGGUUCAUAUAGCCAAGCUCCAAUUCAAUUAGAUUGUCGCUUAAGCAAUAGGCGAACUUGUUGGCCUAUUUCAACAUUUUAAAAAAAUGGGGGCAAAAGUGCAGUAGGCCUAAUAAACUCUGAAUUGUGUACUAGAAUAAAUAUAUUUUAUGGCUAUAAUAUCAUGUUUUUUCCCCCCAGUCUUAAAAUUUUAUAUUGAAAUUAAUUUCCUGCAUACUUCGUAAUUCACCUGAAUCAUUUUGUAAACCCUCGGCAUAAUUCCAAAUGUUUUCAAAUUCUUUUCACGUCACUGGCUUGAUUCUGCAA